UUGAAGUGGUUCUGUUUGUGUGAUUAUUAAAAUAUUGUUCAGUGGUGCAGUUUCUUUCAGUUACAUCGAGAGAGUUGACAGCUUAAGAACAAAUUUUCCGAUCUUAAAUUAUUAAAAUGACGAAAGGAACAACUGGAAAAUUCAUCAAUCAGAAAUGUCAGAAACUUGUUACUAAUGCAGUUUUGGAAGCUGAAAGAUUAGAAAACUUUGAUUAUAACAGAAUAAAAAUUAAUUUGAUGAGUUUAUUAAGCGAUGGAGGAAUGCAUACAAAAAUCCAUUUUUAUGGAUCUCGAGUUAUCGGAUUAGCUCAUAAAGAAAGCGACUUGGACAUUUAUAUCGAAUACGGUGACAACUUUUAUUCGGACAAGAAUGUUGAACGAGAUCGUCAGGUCCUUGAAAUGAUAGCUAGAAUAUUUGAAAACAAAACAUAUCAAACAUGGCAGAUUACCGCUAAGAUUUUGACUGCAUCUGUUCCUAUUUUACAAGUUAUUUACAAACCGAGCAACAUUAAAUGUGAUAUAAGCGUUUCGAAUGGACUUGGUGUUGCGAAUUCAUUGAUGAUGGCACACAUUUUUAAUCUUCAACCAGAAGCCAAAAAGUUUUAUCAAUUUAUGAAGAUUUUUUUAAAGCGAUACAAAAAAUACUUCGAAGGAUAUUUAUUAAAAUUAUUAGUAAUCUUCUUUCUACAGAAUGAAAAAGCUUUCCCUUCAAUUAAAAUGAUCCAGGAAAAUUUGUCUAUUACCUUAAUAAAUGGAUGGCCGACUGUUGAGAUUAACACAACUCGUAACAUCUCUUAUUAUGGACUGAAUGAAAUGAAGAACUACAAAAGUUACAUCCCAAAAUUUUUUGAAUUUUACUCAAAAUUUCAAUAUAAUAAAUAUGUAAUGUCAAUCUAUGACGGGAAGCAAUUAGAGCGGUUUAAAUAUGAGUAUCAGGAUGAAAUUAAUGAGCACAUUCUUUGUAUUUUUGGUCCUAUCAAUAGAAAACAUAAUAUCGGGAAAUAUCCGUCUAGAAAGGAUGUAGAAUAUUUUGUUAAACUAUCUCAAAGUUUAGAAGGAGAAUUUAACAAGAAGUAUGAUUUUGAUUCUUAAAAGUUUUAAAUGAACUUAAGCAACAUAUAACUUUGUAAAAUAAAAUUCUAAGUGCAAACUGAUUGGCAAAUAUUUUUAUGUCCUUUUUAUAUUGCGAUUUUUAAU